ACAUAAUUUUCUUUAAAAAAGUGCUUAGCGGCUCUAUCGAGCCUUGGAAUUUCAUUAGAAUAUAUAUGCCAAUCCUAUCCAGAGUUGAGUCUUCGAUAAGAAACGUAACAUGUUGCUGAGAAGCAGAAUACACCAAUGGAAAUCUUUACCAUUUCUCUUUUCUGCUUCUCUUUUAAUCUCUGCCUUCGUAACAUCCACAGCCCUGGACACAAUAUCUGCAACUCAAUCUAUUAGGGAUGGCGGUGAAACUAUAGUAUCAGCUGGUGGCAUGUUUGAAUUGGGAUUUUUCAGCACAGGAAAUCCUAACAAUCGAUACUUGGGGAUAUGGUACAAAAAGAUUUCUAAUGGAACUGUUGUAUGGGUUGCCAAUAGAGAAACUCCACUCAACAAUUCAUCAGGGGUACUGGAGUUGAAUGAUAAGGGACUUCUUACUCUUCUCAAUCAUGAAAACUUGACCAUAUGGUCUUCCAGUACAUCAAGAGUUGUGCAGAAUCCUCUCGCGCAGCUUUUGGAGUCAGGAAAUCUUGUUGUCAGGGAUGAAAGUGACCUUGAAACAGAAGAUUUCUUGUGGCAAAGUUUUGAUUAUCCUGACAAAACAUUUCUCCCAGGAAUGAAGAUUGGAAGACUGGCUGAUGGCUUGGAAGUUCAUUUAUCAUCAUGGAAGACCUCAGAUGAUCCUUCUCCAGGUAACUUGGCUUAUCAACUUGAUUCCAGUGGUUUACAGAUAGCUAUCACACGAAAUUCAGCUAUCACGGCUCGAUCUGGGCCAUGGAAUGGUAUUAGCUUUAGUGGGAUGCCUUAUUUAAGGCCAAAUCCAAUUUAUAACUAUUCAUUCGUUUCGAAUCAAAAGGGAAUAUACUAUACCUAUGAUCUAGUUAAUACCUCAGUUUUUACAAGGCUCGUUUUGAGUCAGAAUGGUAUAAUGGAGCGGUACACAUGGAUUGAUCGGACAAGCGAUUGGGGUCUAUACUUAACUGCACCAUCAGAUAAUUGUGAUACAUAUGCAUUAUGCGGUGCUUACGGUAGUUGUGACAUUAGCAACUCACCUGUAUGUUGGUGUUUAAAUGGAUUCGUGCCAAAAUUCCAAAAUGAUUGGGAUAGAGCAGAUUGGUCAGGCGGAUGUGAUCGAAGGGCGCAAUUGGAUUGCCAGAAAGGAGAUGGGUUCAUAAGGUAUCCGAAUAUUAAAUUGCCUGACAUGAAGAAUUUCUCAAUCAAUGCAAGCAUGACCCUAGAGGAAUGUAGGAUAAUGUGCUUGAACAACUGUUCUUGUAUGGCUUAUGCCAAUUCAGAUAUCAGAGGAAGUGGAAGCGGAUGCUACUUGUGGUUCGGAGAACUUAUUGACAUCAAACAAUACAGAGAUGAUGGCGGGCAAGAUCUUUACAUUAGGAUGGCUUCUUCUGAAUUAGAUGCUGAACAUGUGAGCUCCGAUCAGAACAAACAAGUGACGGUCAUAGCAAGCACAAUAUCAUCAAUAGUAAUGUUUCUGGUUGUCCUCGGUAUAGGCUUGUUCAUAGUGAAAAAGAAGAGAAAGAAGAAGCAAAAUGCACAAGGGAAGUGGGAAAACAAUCCGGAGGAAAGCUACUCUUUUGAUAACCAUGACGAAGAUCUGGAGCUACCCUAUUUUGACUUCAGCAUAAUAGCUAAAGCUACAGAUGACUUCGCAUUCAACAAUAUGCUUGGAGAGGGCGGUUUUGGACCUGUCUAUAAGGGCAUUCUUAAAGAAGGACAAGAAGUUGCUGUUAAGAGGCUCUCCAAGGAUUCUAGACAAGGGGUUGAUGAGUUCAAGAAUGAAGUCAAAUGCAUUGCCAAACUUCAGCACAGAAACCUGGUGAAGCUUCUAGGAUAUUGCAUUCAUCUAGAAGAGAAGAUGUUGAUCUAUGAAUACAUGCCUAAUAAAAGCCUAGACUGCUAUAUUUUUGAUGAAACACGAAGCAAGUUACUGGACUGGAGUAUGAGGUUCCGCAUCAUUAAUGGAAUUUCCAGGGGACUUCUCUAUCUUCAUCAAGAUUCUAGACUAAGAAUUAUUCAUAGAGAUCUCAAAUUGAGUAACAUUUUACUAGAUAAUGAUAUGAAUCCAAAAAUCUCAGAUUUUGGAAUGGCUAGGAGUUUUGGGGGCAAUGAAACCGAAGCAAAUACGAAUAGAGUAGUUGGAACAUAUGGUUAUAUGUCACCAGAGUAUGCUAUUGAUGGAUUGUUCUCAGUAAAAUCUGAUGUAUUUAGUUUUGGAGUUUUAAUAUUGGAGAUAGUUAGUGGAAAGAAAAACAGAAGAUUUAGUCAUCCAGACCAUCAACUUAACCUUCUUGGGCAUGCGUGGAAUCUCUUCAAAGAAGGAAGAUAUCUAGAGCUUAUUGACGCAUUAAUAAAGGAAUCCUGCAAUCUAUCAGAAGUGUUACGAUCAGUUCAUGUUGGUCUAUUAUGUGUGCAACAUGCUCCAGAAGAUAGACCAAGCAUGUCAUCUGUGGUUCUAAUGUUGGGUGGUGAAGGUGCUUUGCCUGAGCCUAAAGAACCAGGAUUUUUCACUAGAAGAAAGUUUUUUGAAACUGAAUCUUCCUCGAGCAAACAUGAAUCAUGUUCUGUUAAUGAACUUACAAUUACAAUGAUUGAUGUUCGGUGAAAGUAGUAUCCUCCAAUUGCCUUGGGAUCAAAUUUUAUGAGACAUUUUUGUAAAAAUCUGCAACACCUAUGAAAUUGUAAUAAGUAGUUAAUGGUUUCUCUUUUCCUUUUAUAAAAUUAGAGUGUUCUCACUUUGAUUUAAUGCAAAUAUUUUAACUUUACAUUAA